AUGGCAGAUUCAUUAGCAUCGGCCUUGAAUCAGCUAAGCUUGAACACCAAGGGUUUGGAUCCAGCAUCUGUUGAUGCGCGACUUGCUGAGGAGGAAGCUGGUAAAUUCGAAAGACGCAAGCCACGCAAACAAAGCAGCCAGAGCGCGGACGAUCUUCUGAAAGAUCUGGAAGAUGAUUUCCUGAAGCCCUCCGCCACCUUUAGCCCGAAAUGGCUGAACCAACUGCAAAAGCGAUGGGAUGCUCCGAUGGACUCGACCGACCUGUUCGAAAUUGCUCCGACACAAACACGCACUGUCACAAGAUUCACGCGAGAAGGACUGGAGGGACGGGUUACCGGCUACCAUGAAAUUACGGUUCCGGCUUCAAGCAUCAAUGCGAAGAACUCAACCUCACUACUUCGCCGACCGGCCGGUCGUGCAGACUUUGUUCGAGGUGCAGCGGGGUUCUUCCCCUUCGCACCAGGUGGUUUGGAUGGAGUUGAGGCACUUGCCGCAAUGGAAGCAGAUGCUGAGUCCAUGGAACAAUCGCGCUCUGGAAGACAGGGUGGUUUAGAUCGUAUUAUCAACUUUGGCUCAGAGGGUGGACUCUUGACCAUCCCCCCUGGCUUCGACCGUGGCAUGAACUUCGCAGAACAAAAAUCCAAAGAGGCCGCAGAGGGAGAAGAGGAGGUUGAACACGCACUCAAUCAGGAGGAGAGUGACAUCCAGGCUGACAAGCCUGAUGAAAUACAAGAUGAGGAUGGAGGUGUCAAGGUUGAUGCCGCAGAUGGGGAACUCAGUGAUGAAGAUGAGCAAGAUAUUGACGCUUUACUGCCGGUCGAGUUUCCUGCGCUUGAGCCGCGUAACCCGCUACUUGCUGGUAUCCAGAAGCAGAAGGGCCGGGAAUGGGCACAUGUUGUGGAUAUCAACAAGGAAAUCCCUAACUUUCACGAUUUGGUCCCGGAUAUGGCUAGAGAAUGGCCAUUCGAGUUGGACGUUUUCCAAAAGGAAGCGGUCUAUCACCUGGAAAACGGUGAUUCUGUCUUUGUUGCAGCUCACACAUCAGCAGGAAAAACAGUUGUUGCCGAGUAUGGCAUUGCGCUGGCUGCGAAGCACAUGACAAAAGCAAUCUACACAUCACCCAUCAAAGCACUCAGCAAUCAGAAAUACCGGGAUUUCCGCACCGAGUUCGAAGAUGUCGGUAUUCUUACCGGCGAUGUGCAAAUCAAUCCGGAGGCUAGCUGUCUGAUCAUGACAACCGAAAUUCUACGGAGUAUGCUUUACCGUGGUGCUGACCUCAUUCGAGACGUUGAGUUCGUCAUCUUUGACGAGGUUCAUUAUGUCAACGAUCUUGAGAGAGGUGUUGUAUGGGAAGAAGUUAUCAUUAUGCUUCCUGAGCAUGUCACCCUGAUUCUCCUUUCUGCUACCGUACCCAACACCUAUGAGUUUGCAUCCUGGGUCGGUCGUACCAAGAAAAAGGACAUUUAUGUGAUCUCAACCCCCAAGCGACCCGUGCCGCUGGAACAUUAUCUCUGGGGUGGAAAAGACAAGUACAAGAUUGUCGAUUCCAACAAGAAGUUCCUUGAGCCUGGUUGGAAGAAGGCUAACGAUGCUCUGUCUGGCAAAGACAAAGAAAAGGCUAAGAAGGAGGCAGAAGGUCAGGCUCAGGCUCAGGCUCAGGCGCAAGGUCAAGGCCAGCGAGGAGGCACCCGAGGAGGAGGACGCGGUCAGCCUGCCGUCAGAGGUGGCCAACGGGGCAAUGGACAGCGUGGGGGUCCGCAGCAGAGAGGAGGUAGAGGGCAAGGCGGCCGAGGGGCGCCCUCCAAUCGCGGGACAGGGAACAUUGCUCGCACUGGGCGUGGAGGCUUCCGUACUACUGCUGCCCAGGACAAAACCACUUGGGUUAAUCUUGUCUCCCAUCUUCGCAAGGAAGAUCUACUUCCGGGAUGUAUUUUCGUUUUUUCGAAAAAACGAUGCGAAGAGAACGCAGACUCGCUGUCCAACCAAGACUUUAGCACUGCAAACGACAAGAGUCAGAUUCAUAUGAUGAUUGAAAAGUCACUCACCCGACUUAAGCCUGAGGACCGGACGCUCCCCCAAAUUCUUCGACUUCGCGAGCUUCUGGGCAGAGGUGUCGCUGUGCACCAUGGUGGUCUUCUUCCCAUCAUGAAGGAGGUUGUUGAGAUUCUGUUUGCUAGGGGGUUGGUCAAGGUUCUCUUCGCGACAGAGACCUUUGCGAUGGGGUUGAACCUGCCAACUAGAACAGUUGUUUUCUCAGGAUUCCGCAAGCAUGAUGGCAAGUCUUUCCGAGACCUUCUACCCGGUGAAUAUACCCAGAUGGCGGGACGUGCAGGCCGUCGUGGUCUUGACACGGUGGGAUAUGUGAUUCUUGUCACUACUGGCAGAGACGAAGCCCCUCCGGCUGGCUCCUUGAAGAACAUGAUUCUUGGAGAUCCCACAAAGCUGAGGUCACAGUUCCGACUGACAUACAACAUGAUUCUGAACCUUCUUCGCGUCGAAGCGCUGAAGAUCGAAGAGAUGAUUAAACGGAGCUUUAGUGAAAAUGCUACCCAGGCUCUGCUACCCGAGCACGAGAAGCAAGUCCAACUCUCCGAGGCCAGCUUGGAAAAAAUCAAGCGGGAGCCUUGUGAAAUCUGUGACUUGGAUCUCCAAGCUUGUCACGAUGCUGCAAUGGAAUACCAGAGGCUUACGACUGAGCUGCAUACGGGAUUAAUUGCAUCACCUAUCGGCAAAAGACUGUUUUCCAUGAAGAGCUUAAUUGUAUACAGAAAGGAUGGAAUACGAACUGCCGGUGUUCUUGUGAAAGAGGGGGUAUCCGGUGGCCCUUUGCCUUGCAUCCAGGUGCUUGAAAUCGGCACAAUCAGCAGCAAACGUCAUCCCAGUGAUAUCCUACCAUUUUUGCCCGUUUUCAGACCAUAUCUCCAGGCAUUGCCCUCAAACUCUGCUUCUAUGCAUCUCAAGGCUGUCAAAGUUCCGUUGGAAAACGUCGAAUGUGUUACAAGCACACAGGUCAAGGUCGGCGGACCUAUUUGGUACUUGAACAUCAAGAAAGAGUCUUCUAAGUUCGCAGAAAAAGAGUUGACCAAAUACACUAAAUCUUGGCUUAAUUCGGCUUGGGAUGAGGUGGACUGGUCCAGGGUUAAGGAGUUGCAAGUUCGUGAUAUUCUUACUCAGCGGGAAGCCCAGGUGCAAAUCAUCCAGUCGUGCCACUGCCUCUCGUGCCCGCACUUCCUAAAACACUUCGAAAUGCAAAAUGACGAGUGGCAAAUCAAGGAGAACAUCUCGCAGCUGAAGCAGUUGAUGUCCGAUCAAAACCUUCAAUUGCUUCCCGACUAUGAACAGCGUAUUCACGUCCUCCGAGAGCUCGGAUUUGUUGACGAGCAAUCCCGUGUACAAUUGAAGGGCAAGGUGGCUUGUGAAAUCCACUCCGCUGACGAGUUGGUCUUGACCGAAUUGAUUCUUGAGAACGUUCUUGCCGAAUUUGAGCCGGCCGAGAUUGUCGCACUCCUCUCUGCCUUUGUGUUUCAGGAGAAGACUGACAAUGUUCCUACCCUAACUCCUCGUUUGGAGGCUGGUCAAAAGACUAUCAUCCGAAUUGCCGAGAAGGUCAACGAUUUCCAGGUCUUGCACCAGGUGAUCCAAUCAAGUGAAGACUCCAAUGACUUCGCCAGCGAGCCCAGAUUUGGGCUGGCUGAGGUGGUCUAUGAAUGGGCUAAGGGAAUGUCCUUCAACCGUAUCACUGAUCUUACUGAUGUCAUGGAAGGCACCAUUGUCCGUUGUAUCACUCGACUGGAUGAGACUUGUCGAGAGGUAAAGAAUGCAGCCAAGCUUGUUGGUGAUCCGACGCUCUACACCAAGAUGCAGGCGGCACAGGAGCUGAUCAAGCGAGACGUGAUUUUCGCCGCAUCCCUGUACAUGUGA